AUGGACGCGCGGGGCCACAUCAAGCUGAGCGACUUCGGGCUCUGCACCGGCCUCAGAAGAGCCACCGCACCGACUUCUACCGCGACCUCUCGCGAGCCACGCCCUCAGACUUCAGUGAGUACCCGCUGCCUCUCGUUCCUUAAUCUUAUGGACGCGCGGGGCCACAUCAAGCUGAGCGACUUCGGGCUCUGCACCGGCCUCAAGAAGAGCCACCGCACCGACUUCUACCGCGACCUCUCGCGAGCCACGCCCUCAGACUUCAGUGAGUACCCGCUGCCUCUCGUUCCUUAA